AUGUUCGGUUCACAGGUAGAUGCCGUUGAUACAACGCGCGAGGACGAUCCAUCCGAACUAAUGAGAAAAAUAAUGGAGCCUUUUAUCUACAGUAUUGAGGUGCUUAAGCCCAACGCUAUCGAGUUCCGGACAGAAAUAGUGAACGGUGAAAGCGACGGUACUGUUAAAAGGGUAGAUAUAUUUUAUUGUGCACUAGUGACUUGUCCG